AUCGCUGUCCCUUCCGUCACUGAUCACUUUCGUUUACCAGUCCAAUACACUUAAGUGCCUUUCCUUGCCCAAUUCCGACCGUUAUAUUAGUCCUGUUCCUGAGGGCGAAUGAUGGGGAUGAUACACACACCUCACGAGUCACAAAAGGCUCACCACAAGGACAAGCUUGCCGAGACCAAGAAGCACGACGCUGCCGUUCAUGAGGCCCUGAAGGCGCAGCAGCAACAGCAAAGGGAGGCGAAGGAGCAGAAGCAACACGAGGAGGCCCGGGCGCACAGGGCUGAACGCGCGCUCAAUCUUGGCACGGAUCCCGAGGGCAAACACAGCAAGCGCGCCAUAAAGGAACAGCGCGAGCUGCUGCGCCAAGCCGAGAAGGCCGCCAGCGGUGUGACCUGCGAGCAUGGCGUGAGUCGCUGCCGCAUCUGCUUCCCGCAUCGCGAGGAGGCGGACAAGCAGCACCCGCACGAGAGGGGACCCCCGCGGGGAGCCUCGGUGGAGGUGGAGGACGAUGAGUAGUAGAUGUGGGAGGGUGAGUAGGCGCGAGGAGGUAAAGAGGAGUCGACGUUGAACGGGCCGUGGGAGGCGGGGGCGCCGUAGGAGGUGGAGGCGGUAGUGUGGGGGCAUAGCAUGGGACGAGAAGAGGAGGUGGCGGAACUGUAUUGGACCUGCAGGAGCAAGGGAGGGGGUUGGGGGUAGAGGAGGCGGUUAGGAGGCUGUGGCUUGAGAAGGGGUACUUAGCUUCAUUGCGUCGGUUGCGAGACGGUUGUGAGGAGAAACGACACAUGUACCUUGUUGUUAUCUGGCAGUGUUGCAAUUUGUAAGCUGUUUCUGCAUACUGUAUAAAGUGCGCUAUGGGGAUGCGAGAAGUAAAGAUGAAGCAAGCCACUUGGGGACCCAAAGCUUUGGGAUGUUGCAGGAUGUCGUACCGGUAUGGUUGUGCUAUACGUGUUUGAACCAAAAGAGAUGGCCGUUUUGUACCUUUUUGGUGUAUGUCUGUAUGUGCACAUGUACCAAUUGAUGGAAAGAGCAAGACAGCUGUGAGUGCUGUAGUUGUUGUAUCCUCCGUACCUCUGCCGGCUGCGGUUAUGAACAAUGCUCUUCUUUUUACGUAAUGGUGGUGGUUGUGGGUCUGUGAGUCGUACCUCCAUCUUAACGGAGUCGGUUAAGAUCAGAGGGUAGUGACGACCUGUUAGGGACUUCAUCACUGCGUCUCCUCCCAGCCUGGGCUCCUUCGCCUGCCUUGGCGUUUCGUUUUGAUUGAGAGGCGUAAAUCUCUGCUAGGGACAAACCGGUCAAUGCCCGCUUGUAUGUGCCCUCCUGAUUCACCUGUCGCAUGUUGGGGGCUGUAUGCGGUUUGGUUGUGUGGGGCCAUGGAGUGACGUUUCCCUACCGCCGGUCCCCUCCUGAAGACAGUAGCUUACUGUCAGCGUCGGUGUUUGUUCUGGGGUAGCUAGCAAGGUUAUGGGGUCCGCAGGAAGUGGCUCCUGUUUAGGAAGUGGUUGUUGCUGUCGGUUGCGUGGUAUAAGAUAGACCUUCGAGCCUUUCAGACGAGCAGCAGCUUUACGGUAUGCGAGAAUGAUUAUGAGACCGGCGGUGGUUUCGUC